AUGCGGUUCACCGAUCGGCCCUCCCUCCUCACCUCGGUCCUCCUCACUAUCCCCUCACUGUCUUCCGCCUUCUAUCUUCCUGGUGUUGCCCCGACCUCCUACGACAAGGGCCAAUCCGUUCCGCUCUAUGUCAACCACCUGACGCCCGGUCUAUCACGCGAUGACCAGCUACAUUCUGUCUUUGCAUACGACUACUACCACCCUGCGCUUCAUUUCUGUCGACCAGAAGGCGGUGCCCAAGAUGUAAGAGAAUCAUUGGGAAGCAUUCUGUUCGGCGACCGCAUUCGCACCUCCCCACUGGAGCUGCACAUGGCUCAAAAUGAGACGUGUAAAGCAAUCUGCGGUGAGGUUAUUUUCGACUCUCGGGGCGCCAAAUUCACCAAUCGCCGCAUUUCUCAAGGUUAUAACAUCAACUGGCUCGUGGAUGGACUGCCCGCCGCGCAGCUGAAUCACGACGGCAACACCGAUACCGAUUUCUAUAGCCCGGGAUUCUCCCUGGGCGAUCUGGAUGACAACGGACAGGCCGUGCUGAACAAUCACUUUAAUCUCCUAAUUGAUUACCACCGAGUUGGAUACGGCGGUAAAGACAAGCUCCGGGUGGUGGGUGUGCUGGUGCAGCCCGAGUCUCGCCGCGAUUCACGAGUCCUGGACGACGGGACUGCUGAGUGUGGCACCCAGCGGAACCUCCUGACUCUGAGUGAGGAUGUGGAUACCCCAGUUACCUGGACCUACAGUGUUUACUGGAGGGAAUCUCGUACGGCGUGGGCCACUCGAUGGGACAAAUACCUGCACGUCUAUGACCCUAAGAUCCACUGGUUUUCACUUAUCAACUCCGCCGUCUUCGUGGUUUUCCUCGUGGGCAUGGUGAGCAUGAUUCUCGUUCGUGCGCUCAAGAAGGACAUUGCGCGCUACAACCGGCUGGACGCGAUCAGCUUGGACGAUCUCGAUGGCACCUCGGCCGCCGUCGAGGAUGGUAUCCAGGAAGACUCCGGGUGGAAGCUCGUUCACGGUGACGUCUUCCGUUGCCCCAAGUCCCCGUUGUUGCUGAGUAUUAUGCUGGGCAAUGGUGCUCAGCUAUUUAUGAUGACGGGUGUAACUGUUGCAUUCGCACUCCUCGGUCUCCUUUCGCCUGCCAACCGCGGCUUCUUGGCCACUGCGAUUCUCUUGAUUUCCGCUUUGUUCGGUGCCAUUGGUGGAUACGUGUCAGCACGAGUAUACAAAGCUUUCGGCGGCGAGGCCUGGAAACGCAACAUUGUCUUGACCCCACUGUUGAUUCCCGGAAUUAUCUUCGGCACGUUCUUCCUACUCAACCUUUUCGUCUGGGCCAAGGGCUCCAGCGGUGCGGUGCCUUUUGGCACCAUGCUGGCACUGGUCCUGAUCUGGUUCGUCAUCAGCGUGCCGCUGAGUUUUGCCGGUAGCUGGCUUGGAUUCAGGCAAGCUCCAAUCGAAGGCCCGACCAAGACAAACCAAAUCCCACGCCAGGUGCCUCCGAUGGCCGGCAGCCUCCGCACUAUCCCAUCGAUUCUCCUCACCGGCAUUCUUCCCUUUGGUGCCAUCUUCGUUGAGCUGUACUUCAUCAUGACCUCGCUCUGGACCAGCAAGAUCUAUUACAUGUUUGGGUUCCUCUUCCUGUGCUACGGCCUGAUGAUCAUCACCUCCGCGGCUACCACCAUUCUGCUGGUAUACUUCCUGCUGUGUGCAGAGAACUACCGGUGGCACUGGCGUGCUUUUGCCGGUGCGGGUAUGACGGGUGGCUACGUGUUCGUCAACGCACUCAUCUUUUGGGCAACGAGAGUGAGCUUUGGCGGGCUGACUGGCGCUGUCCUCUACAUGGGCUACUCGGCCCUGAUUGGCUUUGUCGUCUUUAUCCUUACCGGUUCGAUUGGUUUCUUCGCCAGUUGGGCGUUUAUUUAUCGCAUCUACGGCUCUAUCAAGGUGGACUAA